GGUUGUAAACGUCACUGGGAAGGACGUGACAAGUUGUAGCCUCAAUUCGAUCUGGUGUUUUAAGCAGGACUUCGGAACCAGCAUUCGAUUUGCAGAGGAUCCAUUUGUUAUUUACCAAAACAGAUGUUCUGCUGUGAUUCUUAUUUCUCUCGAAAGCAUUUUCUGCGUGUUUGUGAUGCGCUAUGUCAUCUUGGACGGCGAUAAAAGUUUAUUGCGCUCCCUCCCAACGUGAAGUCCGCGCGGAACUCUGGGCGCGUGACAUCAAGGUCUGUGUACGCCGGCUGAGUUUAUGAUACGCGACUAAACGGUAAAUUAUUAUAUUCGAAAUGACCAGUUUCGAGCCGGGGCCAUUGGACAACGGAGUUGCCAGUCGAAGGUUCAGGCGAGAGCUUUCCUCCGAGGAUCACCAUGACCUCGCGAUGAAGAGGGGGACCCUCACCAAGAGCAAUACAAUGGAGCGCAGUUUGCCCAGAGAGGCUGGGUGUCUGAGGAGAGGAACCAUGUCAACGUUGGAGGACAGUUUCCCAACAGCUCUGCCCAUGCUGCUAGCCAUGGUGGAGGGGCCGGACAGACUUCCUGUCGACGAGGGCAAACAGGAAGUGCUAAGGGGGAAACUCCGUGUCCUGGAGGCUGACAGCGUUGAAGUCAUGGCCCUCUUUACGGAGGUGUCAGCUCAGAUCCUCUCCAUCAACAGCGAAGAAAACAUCAUCUUUGUCACGUUCAAAACCUUUGAAGAAAUAUGGAAGUUCACCACUUAUUUUACCAUGGGGUUCCUGGGUCCGUGCAUGGAGAACCUGCUGCUGGACCAGGACUUCUGGCUGCGCUCGCUGGAUCAGGAGGACCUGGGCAUCGAGAUCUCCAUCCAGGAGGAGACCCUCAACCUCAUGUACAUCAGCUUACUCAUGCAGGAGGGCUCCUUCUUCGCCAGCUGCAGCUCCCACCAGAUGUUUGACAGCUCCACCUCUGGAGGCGACCUGUACCUGGAGCAGGGAGACAUAGCCCAGUUCGAGCCCCCGUUCAUGGGCUCCGGCUGGACCGUGCUGUCCCUUGGGGACGGAGCCCGGGGCACCAAGCCCAGUCCGGCCCUGGAGCCUGUUGUCCCCUUCUACCAGUGGUUCCUCAAGUCCUGUCCAGAGAACAUCUUAGUCGGGAGCGGAAGGCCUGCCUGCGACUUCCCCCUCCAGUUUGCCAGAGGCACCUGUGUGGCCGCGGUCGAGUACGACGCAGAGGGCCCAGACGAGCUCAGCCUGUCGCCCGGCGAUCGCAUCAUCAUCGUGGGACUGCUGGUGUCCUGCUUUGAUUGGUUCGCUGGCCAGCAGGAGGACACUGGGGAGGUGGGACUGGUCAGAACCUGCAUGGUCAAAUCCGACCAAUCCACUUGUGAGGCUCCCGAGGUGUUCCUGGGAGGAGAGGAGAGGGAGUUCCUCACCCUGGGAGAGGAACAGCUCGUACCCCACACCGUCGCCCUGCUCAAGAAGAUCUCCCACAACAACGUGACCUCCGUUUACAAACUGGAUCUACUCGGUGAGGAUGAAACUCCAAAGCAACCAGUUCAAAAUGGCGGCAUAGAGGCAGACGAACGGUCUGAGCUGAAGAGGAAGGUCGAGAGGAUUCUCAGCGCGGCAAAGAAAGCCAAAGUUCCGCCUAUCCGUCGUGACCUCGAACGGAAUGCAUGGCGCGGAGAGCCAGGAGGUUCUAGAACCCGCACCCCUCUGUUCUCUGCUCACCCAGUGGACGAGGCUUCUAACAGCAGCAGCAGCCAGAGCAUCCUUCUCCUCCUGGCUUUCUUCGACGGCAGCGGCUGCAAACCAGAGUUUGGCGCCCUCUACGUCCUCACCCCGGAACUGCUGGCGGCCACCUUCGAGGGCCAGACGGACGACGACGAGCUGGUGGCGUACCUGGGCGUCGCCAGGGAAACGGCCAGGAAAAAGCGACUCUAUUGGUCGCAAAGCCGGCUGUGCUUCUUCCUGGGGAAGCUGUGUGCCGGGAAGUUGAAGUUCUCCCAGGCUAGAGUUUACCUGGAGGAGGCUCUCUCCGUCCCCAGAGACGGCUUCACGGACAUGCUGUUGCUAGCUAGCGUCUACGCCGACCUAGCCGCCAUAUACCUCAGGCAGAAAAACACAGAGAAGUACUUUGCCCUGUCGGAGCGCAUCGCCGCCCUGCUCAUGGGCUUCCCGGCCUGCGUCUCCAGCCUGGAGAAGGAUCCGGAAGUCCUCAGGUUCGUCUUGAAGAAAGCCGUGCUGGCUCACAACAAGAUGGCCGAAGCCCGCGCCUGUUUCCUGUUGGCCAAGCUCCACUGGGGGCGCGGCGAGGGCGCGAGCGCGGCUCCGUUCGUGGAGAGGCUCCUGGUCCUCCAGGGGGAGCCCCCGGGGACGCCCAGCGUGAACCCCAGCCACGGCUACCUGAGCCUGGGGAGAAUCUACAGCGACCUCUCCCUCCCCCACCUCAGCGUGAGCUCCGCCUGGAGAUCCUGCCUGCACCCGUCGGCCCGGCUGGCUGACUGUCUCAGCGGCGUGGGGCUGGUCCUGGAGAACUCCUCCAGGCUAUACGGGAUCAGGAAGCAGGAGGUGACGGUACCGGCUCAAGUCGCUCCCUACCUGGUCAGGGCACUCUCUAUCCCCGAGGACAGAAGUGGAGGAGGAGGUGGUGGAGGGAGGGACCAAGCGUUGAUCCAGGCCCUCACCCUCUGCCUCUCCCAGCUGUUCCAGAUGCACGGCAUGCUGGGAAAGGCGGUGAGCUCUAUGCACGCGCUCAUCGACCGAACCCCUUUCUCUUCCUCGCGCUCCGCGGUCAGCUCCACCGAGCUCAACAGCGCCCUCAUCUGGCUGGCCUGGCUCCACAUCGGCCACGGCGACGCGGGCGCCGCGUCCGACAUCCUGGAGGCCGUCCUGGCCUCCCUGCCCGAGCUCUGCACCUCCCCCCAGGAGGGCCUGGUCCUCAACAUGCUGGGCGUGGCCCGCCGGUGCUCCGGGGACCUCCGGGGGGCAGCGGAGAGCUACCGGGAGGCCGCCGCCGUGUGCGAGGAGUUCGAGGACGCAGCUAACUGGGCGGUGGCGCUGGCGAACCUGGGGCUGCUGUGCCUGAGGGCGGGAGCCCGAGGCCUGGCCGAGAGGACGCUGGAGGAGGCCGUGCGGAGGUUCUCUGGGCUGGAGGGGGAGGGGCACGAGGGGAACUUUGUGCCCGUGCUACUGGAGCUGGGGCAGAUCUACGUGGAGAAAGGCCUGGAGGAGAAGGGGAAGAUCUGCUACGAGUGGGCCCUGCUGGUUGCCAUCAAGUCCAAUCUCACAGAGAGCCAGCUGAGCGCCACACGGCGGCUAUGCCACCUGUAUGGCUCGGUGUGCCCCGAUGAGGCCCAGUGCAUCAUCUACAACGAGCACCAGCUGGGGCUGCUGCGAGGCCGUGGGGAGCGAGGCCGGGAGGGGGAAGUCCUGGAGGCCAUCAGCCGCCUCUACCUCAGCCUGGGCACCGAGAGGGCGUACCGCUCGGCCCUGGACUACACCAAGAGGAGUCUGGGUAUCUGCAUCGACCUGGGCCUCCGGGAGAAGGAGGCGUACGCCUGGCUGCAGGCCGGGAGGAUCUACCUGCUGCUGGGGCAGGACGAGCUGGUGGACCUGUAUGUGCAGGUGGCCCAGGACGUGGGUCUGGGCACAGGAAACACGGCGUUCAUCCUGGGGCUGCUGGAGGCUGCUGGAGACGUGUUCUUCAAUGGGGGGAAGGAGCUAGACCGAGCCGUCUCCUUCUACAGGGACCGGGCGUUACCCAUCGCUGUGAAGACGGGCAGCGUGUCGUCCAGACUGAGGUUGUGCAACAAGCUGGUGGAGCUGCUGCUCCGCCUGCAGCUGAGCGGGGAGGCGGUGGAGUUCGCUCAGACCGCCCUGCAGCUCAGCGUCUCUCUGGGAGACCGUCUGAACGAGAGGGUUGCUUACCACCGGCUAGCCUCCGUGCACCACAGCCUGAGCCAGUUUGAGCUGGCUGAACACUACUACCUGAAAGCCCUGUCCCUCUGCCCCACGCCCCUGCAGUUCGACGAGGAGACCCUGUACUAUGUCCGAGUGUACCAGACACUGGGGGACAUCAUCUUCUACGACCUCAAGGACCCGUUUGAUGCUGCGGGGUACUACCACUUGGCCUUGGCUGCUGCCAUGGACCUGGGCAACAAGAAGUCGCAGCUGCAGCUCUGCACGCGAUUGGCUACCAUCUACCACAACUUCCUGGUGGACCGCGAGCUCUCUCUCUUCUUCUACCAGAAGGCCCGGGGCUUCGCUUCGGACCUCAACAUCCGCCGCAUCAACCUGGCGCCGGACCAGCAACAGAGAAGCGUUACCCAGUACAAGGCCAGCGGGCGCUAGGGAGGCAGACGGAGCCCGCCCAGACCAACACUCCCCGCGUUCUAGAGUGUUCCGGGAAUCAGUUCCGUAAUUCAGUUCCGAAGUCUGUGAGAUGCAGCACUCCCAGCGUUCUGGAAGUCCGGUGUUCUUGAACGUUCCGGAGUCUGUGUGAUGCAGGCUGUUGAGUUCUGGACAUCAGGAAAACGUCUGCAAUGACUCGAUUUGUGUUUUAAUAAUUGGACAAUUUGUGGUGACUUGAGAGCACUGUAAAUAGAUUUUUAAACGAUAUGUUCGAAAUGUAUGAACGAUGAAUGAUGUAGCUGCAAUCAGAUAAACUCUGUGUUUGUACUGGAAUGGGAUGAUUAAUAUAACCUGAUUGAGGCAAAGGUCACAGAGGUCACACCUGACCUUUAGAAUGAAUUGACACUUAAUCAGUGUGACAACACUGAGUUGAUGUAUUACAAAUAUGUAUUUUUAUAAUAUUUGCUGGUCGCUUCUGUAAUCUACAAUCUGAUGGUAUUUUUUAAAAUCUAUGCUCUGAAAUUAAAUGACAAAC